CAAGGAAUCCUUAUAUAAUAGAAAUAUAUUAAUAUGGAUGCAAAAUAUUAUUAAAAAAAAUCCAACAUCAAAUGAAAUAUAUUGGCAAAAUAUUAAUAUACCAUCCCAUGAUGUUAAACAAAUUAUUUUAUGGACACCUUUUUUUGAAUCACAGAAUUGGUUUAUAAAAGAAUUAGGAAGAGUACCAUUUAACAGUUGCCGAUAUUCAUCAUGUGAAGUUUCUUACAAUAAACAUCUUUUCCCAUUUGCAGAUGCACUUUUAGUUCAUUUGCGAGAUAUAAAGCUACAUAAAUUGCCCAAUUAUCAUCCAAUAAAACAAACAUGGAUAUUUUUUUUACAAGAAUCUCCUCAUCACACCUGCUCUUACUCUUGGAAAUUCAUGUGCAACAUAAAAUCUUACGAUGACAUCUUCAACUGGACCUCUACUUACUUACCCCAUUCGGACAUCCCUGUUCCUUAUGGAGGCUUUUACAAAAUAGAAGAAUCUGCCCCUUCUACGAAUAGCGCUUCCAACGCUCAGAAAUUCUCUGGAGGGAAAAAUAAAUUGGCCGUCAGUUUUGUCAGCAAUUGUGCCACCACAAAUAAUCGAUUAAAAUACAUAAACGAAAUUCGGGAUCAUCUAGCUUCCUUUAGGACACCAUUAUCGUCGAACCACUCACGUUCCUUAGAUAUCCAUGGCCUAUGCUCGAGCCAAGAUUUUUUAUCAUUUACCGGUGCCCGAAUAUGUGUAACUUCCUCCACUGCUGAUGAGGACGAUCAAAGCAUUCGCGAUCAGGCAUGUGAACAGAGCCUCACGGCCACUUAUAAAUUCUAUCUCGCUUUCGAGAACAGCAAUUGCGCGCAUUACGUGACCGAAAAAGUGUUUCGCGCACUUUCUGUAGGAACUGUGCCUGUGGUGUAUGGUGCGCGGUAUGCGGAUUAUGCCAAGGUGGCCCCGCCAUUUUCUUUCAUCUACGUGGCCUCCCCUCUGGGAGUGAGGGACGAUGAAGCCAUGGAAAAAUCGUUUAACCAUUCGUCCAAAAUAUCGUUACCUCAUCCUUAUUUUCAUGUCCACAAUCUAAAAGAGUUAGCUAAAUAUCUGCUGAAAUUGGACUCCAACGAAACCCUUUACAAUGAAUAUCACGCUUGGAGAAGUAAAUUCGCUUUAGGAUCCAACCCGGCAGAAGAUAGCGAUAAUUACCUGUGUCAAAUUUGUCGCCAUUUGCACCUCAAGGAUAUUCCCGCGAAGUCAUACAAAAUAUCGGAAUGGUGGGAUGGUAAAAAAGAUUGCGAUCCUUGAAUUUGUCAUGAUGAUUGAUUAUCACUUUCGAAUUAUCCUGAAAACUAUCACAAAAAUAUAAGAUUAAAAUUAUUUUUAUGACAGACCACCAAUCCAAUUGUUGAUAUUUACCUAAAAGUUAGUUGCUUUUUAUCUUAGUUUAAAAUUUAUAGCCUUAUUUUUUUAAUGCCAGAAAAAAAUCUAUCACGUAUGAUAUAUAUUUUUAUUUGGCUCCCUAUUUUGUCCCCGAGUAAACUGCGCUAUGAUCUUUGUGUGAAUGUUAUUCGCGAUUUUCAUAAUAAAUAAAAUAACAUAAAAACGUUUUUAUUAAGUAAUUUUUAUUUAAAAAAUUUAAAUAUAUUAUUAGAAAUUAUAUUAGAAAAUUAUUCAAUUUGUUAUUAACAAUCUUUAUUUUUUUAAAAAAAAUAGUACAAUAAUAUAUAUUUAAUAUAU